GUUCCUCUGGUAGGCAGUCUCUUAAUCCUGAUCCAAGCCAGAACGAGAUAAUUGAAACCCCGGAAAAUGAAAAUACCGUUAAAGGAGGACUGUUAGAAUGGAAGACAUUAUUAAGGCUGCUGAUUUUCAUCCCGGUCAAAUAUUACAAAGGAUCGCUAUGGAUAAGUCUGCCUCAUUUGUUAUGGAUGAUCGUAAAUUGUGUGAAGCUAGCAUUUAUUACCAUACUUGCAUUCAAUUUCGGUGCUUGUCGUUCGAGACUCAGCUCAGACAUCAAUCACGGUCACUUGACUUUACGUCACGCGCUUCUACAAGGAUGGGAUGCUACUUACGAAACGCCACCAAACCCGGCCACAACCUUUGCCUUAUACAGCAUUGAAGACUUUAAGAAACGAAUAAACUUUUCUGUUGCACAGUACUACAACAUUCAUACAGAUAUUACAGGAGUAUUUCAGCGCCUGGGUUAUGACAAGUUGUCACUUGAAUUCGACUAUUUUCAAACAAAUGAUAACAACGAGAUUGUCGCAAAAAGCAUAACGUUUGAUCCUGGAUCUGGCUUAACAAACAAAACGGAAAAUGGUAUUAUCAAGUAUAGUUACAAUGUAACAGAGGAUCUACAAUAUUUGAAACUGGAGGAUGUUCUUCAUAGGGUUCUUCAUGUAAGUAUAAAGUGUUCUCUGCAUUCGGUUCGUGUCCGAUUCGAUGAAAACAGGAUCAAAUGUUUCGCCAUAGCAAUCACUGUCAGCUUUGAAGACGAUGACCACAACGGGCAAGUUUGUAUUGAUAUGCAGACUAAUACAGUUCCAAUUUCUUGUGGCCAGAUGGAUUUAACAGUUGAAGGAAAUGAGUGUCAUUGUCCACAGAUUGAAAAUUGGUUGAUUUGCACAUGCUUGGUUAUAACAUCAACAACCGUAUUCUUUGACGGCAUAGUUUUAUUGAUUUCGUCUGGUGUGUUCAUUAUCUUAUGGACGAAACACGGGAACAAAUUUACCAAGCUGUCAUAUUUUUUCAAGCUUUGGCUGAUUCUUAGCUUGACAGGGGAUAGUUUGAUUUUAAAAGGAGCUAUCGAUUUGAAGAAUGCAGUUAAUGACCAUAAUGAAACAGUUGCACUACCAUCAUACGACAACCUAGCAUUUAAUAUUGGAAUGGGGUGUUUACUCGGUUGGAUCAGCAUAUUGCGCUUCUUGAAAAUAAAUGUGAAGUUUUCUCUACUUUUCCAUACACUGUAUGAUUCAUUUGGGGACGUAAUUGCCUUCAUUGCUUGCGCAGCAGUGCUCUUUUUCGGAUUCUUCGUCUGUGCAUUUGUCUCACUCGGCGCAUAUCAUGUAAAGUUUGCAAGUCAGGAAAGUUCUGCAGAAUCAUUAUUUUCACUGAUAAACGGUGAUGAUGUUUACAACACGUUUGCUAGUCUAAACGCCAAACUUGCAGGUGAUCCGGGAAUAAUUAAGCUGCACAGAAACAUAAUUGUUUACAGCUUUGUUGUUCUGUUUACAAUCAUCAUGCUGAAUUUGAUCAUUGCGUUGUUCAACAGUGCGUAUGAAAAUGUCAUGCAGAAAGAAAAGAAUGACGUUAACAUCGAUGCGUUAAUCAAUGGAUAUGAAUUGAAAACUGUUAAAAAAAUCCCACUUUUUGUGCACCUAAACUAUGACGCUCUCAAGAAAACGUGUUGCGUUUGCUGUUCUGGCUGCCUAGCCAAACUAUUCUUAGGUGGAGAAAAUAGAAGUUUGAAUUGUUACGGGAUAUUAUUUAUACGAAUAUGGGUCGAAGACAUUGAUAAAAAUGAUAAACAGAAGUACACAGAAACCGAGGAAUACAAAAAAGAAAAUUUCACAGAAUAACCAAAGUUGGACACAAAACGAACUUCAUUAUAACAUGCUCGUAAAAAAAUUCAAAGAAUGUGAUGCACAAUUUUUUAUCAAAUCAAAAUGUUAUUAGCCUCAAACAUUAAUUCAAUGGCUUUAACUCUUCCAUAUAUAUUUCUGCUAGAAGAUGUGCUUUGUUGAUAAUCGAGCUGCUAUACGGUUUUGUUUUUAUAAUUACUUCUCUUUAGUUCCGGCGAUUAAUAUAUUCGAUGUAAUAUUUAUCAAUACAUGUCAGGAUAAGUGUUGACUGACUCCGAGUGUUUUGGCUGUGACUUAAUUGUCUUCAAAUAUUUUACGUUUUCAAAUCAUGUGGAAGGAGAGAAUAGCAUAUACAAGUCGCUUUUAUUUUUAAUAAUGUUUUUCUUUAUAUGUUCCCAGUUUUAGUACAAUGAUGCUUUUUAUUAUGAAGCUCUAUGAUCACACAGUCUUAAACCUUUUAUUUUAUAAGGCAGACUGUGUGUGAUGUUUUUGGUUUCUAACGAUGACUGCAUCGUUUCUUUGAAAAGUAUUUGCAUUAGGUGCUCUGAAUUGUUUCCCUCCGUCUGCAGAUAGAGUUGGGAUCUCUAAUCAUUGAAGUACUUGGGGUUUACCUUUUCGUUUUUUAUUAUUAUUUGUUUUAUUGAUAAGUUUCCUCAAGUAAGUGCAUACUUUGAUAAGAUUUACCUUUUGCGUUUUAUUUUUAUUAAGAAUU